AGAGAACAGAGGGGUACAGGGGAGCAGGCACACGCCGGGCUGCCUCUGUUGUUUUAGGAAACAUUUAAGCUUUCUCCUACUCUCCUCCUGUUCAUCUGUGUUAGUUAACUGGAUUUUUGCUUAGCUUUUUGAAUGCGGCGUUGAAUCUCUCUGGAUACGACCCCACCAGGGCAGGUUAUUGAUUCAUAUCCACUUAUCACUGAUGGUCAUGGUCAAGAAGAAAGUGGCCCAUACACAGGAAUCUCACCACCAGAAGGAUAAGCCUCUGAUACGCUGUGCUAAAUGUGGAGAAGUGUGCAAGGGAGAGGUGUUACGAGUGCAGGCCAAACACUUCCACAUCAAGUGCUUCACGUGCAAAGUAUGUGGCUGCGAUCUGGCUCAGGGAGGAUUCUUCAUGAAGAAUGGAGAGUAUAUGUGCACUCUGGACUACCAGCGCAUCCACGGCACCCGCUGUAACAUCUGUGGAGAGUUUGUGGAGGGGGAGGUGGUGACCGCGCUCGGAAAGACCUACCACCCAGCAUGCUUUGUGUGCACAAUCUGCAAGAGACCAUUUCCUGCAGGAGACAGAGUGACAUUCAAUGGCAAGGACUGUCUGUGUCAGUACUGUGCAGAGCCCAUGUCUCCAGGACACACCAAAGAUGUCGCCGGACCCAGCAGUUGUGCAGGCUGUGGCAGAGAUAUUAAGAAUGGUCAGGCUCUGUUGGCUCUCGAGAAUCAGUGGCAUUUGGGCUGUUUUAAAUGUAAGGCCUGUGCAAAAGUAUUGACUGGAGAAUACAUCAGCAAAGACGGCGCCCCCUACUGUGAGCAAGAUUACCAGGUUCAGUUUGGAGUUCAAUGUGAGGCAUGUCAGCAGUUCAUCACAGGGAAAGUCCUGGAGGCAGGGGACAAGCACUACCACCCCAGCUGUGCUCGCUGUAGCAGGUGUAACCAGAUGUUUACAGAAGGAGAGGAGAUGUACCUGCAAGGAUCAACAGUUUGGCACCCAGGCUGUAAACAUUCAACUAGAGGCGAGGAGAGACAGCGGCUAUUGCCUGCAUCUCUAGCUCUACUCAGCAAAACAGAAAGGCAGCCGAUGCGCUCGUCGACCGAGAGUAUAUGUUCCAGACCUGGUUCAAGCAUACCUAGCUCACCGGGUCACACCAUAUAUGCAAAAGUAGACAAUGAGAUCCUUGAUUACAGGGAUUUAGCAGCCAUUCCCAAAGUCAAAGCCAUUUAUGACAUUGAGCGUCCAGAUUUAAUCCACUAUGAGCCACUUUACACCACCACACUGGAGGAGUCAGAGGAGGGAGAGAGUGUGGGAGAGCUGCAGAGCUCCAGGAGAGAGUGUUCACCCAUGCCAGACGACCGAACCAGGUCACCCACGCCGAUUGCUGAAGGUUAUUAUGACAUGAGAGAACGUAUCCUUCACAGGUCGACGAGUCAGGGCUCCAUCGGCUCUCCCAUCUACAGCCGCCACAGUUACACACCCAUGUCCCGCUCACCACAGCACUUCCACAGACCCGGCACUGAGCCGUCCAGUGGUCGGAGUUCCCCAGGGUCCAGCACCCCUCCUCUCCCUCUGACCCCUAAACAUUUUCACCUGCCAGAUCAAGGAGUAAACAUCUACAGAAAACCCCCUAUCUACAAACAGCAUGAUUCAGCUGCCUUUGCAGCCCAGAGCAAGUCUGCUGAUGACAUCAUCAAAUCGGCCAAAUUCCCCUCAGCGUACGCCCCUGGUCCAGACUACCCAGCAAUGAUAGAGACAGACUGCUGGUCCUUGCCGAUCUCCCAUGCUGCCCUAGGAACAGACGGGUGGAGAAGGUCAAGAGAGGAGGAUGAGGAGGAGCUUCAGAAACGCAGACAGAUUCAGGAGGAACAUCUCAACAAGAUCCAAUCUGGUUUGGGGAAAAUGAUCCUUAAAGAGGAGAAGGAGAAAGAGAAGAUCCGAGAGAGUCACGAACGGAGUCAAUCGGCACAACGCUACGAGCAUGGAAGCAAUCAAAGUUCACCGUCUAAAUCAGGCUCACUGCCUGGAUACGGGCGGAAUGGACUGCAUCGGCCUCAGUCGACUGAUUUUACACAGUACAACAGUUAUGGGGACGUGUGCAGUGGGAUGAGAGAGUUUCAGGCUAUGCAUGAUGGCCACCGCACAUCCACUAGAAUGGACAGAGGAGUGUCUAUGCCUAACAUGCUGGAACCAAAAGUAUAUCCAUAUGAAAUGCUGAAGAUAACCAGCCGCGGUCGCUCCAAACUGCCCAGAGAUGUGGACAGGACCCGACUAGAGCGCCACCUGUCUCCAGAGAUGUUCUUUGAAAUCUUUGGGAUGGAAAUGAAGGAAUUCGACAGGUUACCUCUGUGGAAACGCAAUGAACUGAAGAAGAAAGCCAAACUCUUCUAACCAGGAUGCACAACAUCUACACACACUCACAUGAUGUAUCAUACAGCUGUUUGCUAAUCUUCUGUUGUUUCUUGCUAAAACUAUAGCCAGAAGACAGUUCCAUUCUGCAAUAUUAUCAUAUGAUGUCAGUUUGUAAUAAACGGAGGGUCCAAGCAUUUCAGAUAUAUCUCCAAAAUUCGCAACACUUUGUUCUCUUUGUCUCUGUUGUUUUAGUUUUCCCUCUUUCAGAAAUGAGUCUUUGUCUUUUUGUUCUUUGUUCCUCUUGCAUAUCUUGGAAAAUCAUGUUCAUGCAGGUCUGACCAUUUGCAGUCAUAAUCCAUUUAAUUCAGUGUUCCAGUAAAGACUCCUCUGUUUGCGUCACUUUUUUUUUUUUCAGGGAGGGAUUGUAGAUGCUACACUGUGUGGGUGUCUGUGUCUUUGUACCUGUUAUGCAUUUAAAGAAAUGUAAUCCAUAGCACAUAUCCAUGUAUUCACCCUUUACUACUGUAUCAGCCUCUAAAGCAUCUGUAAAAUUAAAGGUGAAGCGUGUAA